ACAAAAACUCAAUUGACCACAAUCCCUUACGACAAGCUACUGCGCAUGUCCGCAAUUGGUUAUGGAGAUGAGACGUGACGACGAGCUGUCAACAUUGAGGUGAUGUUCGCGUAUAAAGUGAAGGGAUGCCCAGGAAAAUAGGAUUUAUUGUGGUCAGCUCUUCCAGUCAUGAGGACAACUUCAAUGCUAAGGAGCUCAUGGUCCAUGCACCCACCGUCCGUGGGUGGAGAUCCAGCAAGUUGUGCAGCUACCCUCAGCACAUCACCCUGCAGCUGGUGGAAAGAAGUCGGGUAAAGAAGCUGCAGCUCCUGGCCCACCAUUACCUGAUCCCAGCUAAAGUGGAGUUCCAAAUAGGGGACACUCUUCCUGAACCCAGCACUUCAGCAGUCGUUGGACAGCUUCGCAGACUUGGCUAUGUGUCUCUGUCGGACAACGAGAAGACCGGCUUCAAGGCCCGAGAGCUGAAAUCAGUCCAUGUAGAUGCUGUCGGAACUUACCUGAAGAUAACCUUCCACCAGAAUCACGUUAACCGUCACAAUCGCUACAAUCAGGUCUCUUUGGUGGCUAUCAAUGUGCUCGGUGAGCCACUGGAUGGCAACGCUUUUCACACCAUGCCAAGCAGAGAGCAGCUGAUCGAACACUACCUCACCAGCACUCAGCUGGAAGCUGCCUUGGAUGCGACCCUCGCAGGAAAAUGUAAUUCCACUUCACCAUUGGACGACCUGGCCUUUGACAUGUACCAGGACCCGGAAGUGGCCCAUAUCAUCCGCCAGCUGGAUCAAAAGAAGAAGGACAUGGUGCGCCAGGAGAGAUAUGAGGAAGCAAAGUAUCUGAAGCAGGCCAUCGCUGAUCUUCAAAAGGCCGGGGAGCAUUUGGCAAGAUUUGAUGUAGAGAAGCAAUCUGCUAUGGAAAAGGAGGACUAUGACCUUGCCAAGAAGAAGAAGGAUGAAAUGGAUGAGUACCGGCAGGGUGUCUACCAACAGCUGAAGGUCCACAACCUGCUGGAUAUGACAAUGAUCACAAGUGCAGCAGAACCGUCUCCAUCCCAGGAGGUUCCUUCACCUCUCCGUUCUUCAGACCACCAGUCGCCCCCCGCCAAACCCUUUGACACGAUAAGGAAAGGGAAAGCUUUCUCAAAAACGCCGCAGAGCCAUCUAACAGACUCUGACACAGUGUCGCCUAAGAGCAAUCCAUCUGACAUAACUAGAGCCUCAUCUACUCUACCAAAAAUAGAUGUUACCAGCUUGCCAUAUGAUGAGAUGCUGUUGCCAGCCCCUCAAAGGAAAGACCAGCAGCCAGUGGAGGACAUCCAGAGUCCUGUAAUGAAGCAGUUCCUCUUACACGACACCCAAAGGACUCUACCUAGCCCUGAGACCGGCGGAGAACCAGAACCUCUAUCGGAGAAGGCUCAAAGAGAGGCUGGGCUUCAAAUAGAAGUCUUUGGAGAGAGUCUGGUUGCAAGUGCAUAUUCUAAAUCAUGGUCGAACAGAGAAGAGGCACUCCUGGCUGUGCACAAGAAGCUUUUGGAGGUAUCAUCCACGACUCCCAAGGAGGAGCUGAGGAACAUGAUAAGAGCUACAGUCUUCCUAGUCAAGAGAGCUCUCCUUGAGAAAGUUUCAUCUGUUUUCCAAGCCUCCUUGAAGUUGCUGUUCUUCAUGUUCAGCCAGCUGAUCCCAGGUUUAGGCCGGACUGAGGUGACCCACUGUUUGGAUCAAACUUGGCCCAAUCUACUGGCUAGGACAGGGGACUCGACUAGACGCCUCCGGUUCAACGCUAUCGCUUGCAUCCAGGAAAUUGCCGCUCUGAAGGAAGUUCGGGCCUUGCAGUUCAUCCCCACUGAGCUGGCGAAACCUUUCAAAUCCAACUUCCCCUCACGCCUGGCUCAGAGUCGGUUGGAGCUGCUUGAGAGUCUCCUGGUGGAGCUAGGCACAGAGAACUCUGGAUUCACCUUGGAGAAUGUAAUGAUGUUCUGCACUACAGCUUUGGAGCACAGCGCAUCCGCUGUUCGAGAGCAGGCGGCGCGCAUCAUUUUGUCCAUGUACAAGCAACACGGUGCAGCCGCUCUCGUUUACCUUCCACAGAGCAAUGCUGCCCGUAAGAACUUCCUUUACAAAACCCUGUUUGAUGGCUUUGCCAAGGUUGACGGAAAGCUGGUGGAGACUCAGUCUAUGAAGAAGGGUGGUGGUCCACUGGAUGGGCAGAAGGAAAAGGAGGAGAUCCACACUCUGCAAGAGCAGCUGGCUGCCUUGAAAGAGAUGACGGAGAGAGACAUGAGAAGUACCAAAGGCCAGAUAACGAAGAAAGAAUCACCUAAAGUUGAGAGGGUGUCUCAAAAGGCUGGUAAACCAACAGCAGCAAAAUUGCAACAGAACAAGACAGUGCACACUUUAAAUGUCCAACAAUCAAUCAAUUACCUGGACAAGUUGUGUAUUUUUUGCGGUAAAACUGAUGACUCCUUCACUGAAGAUGUAUUAGACCUUCACUACUGGAAACACUGUCCUAUGUUGCGACGCUGUGAUGAAUGCAGACAGGUUGUGGAGAUCGCCAGCUUCACCGAGCACCUACUGAACGAAUGUGAAAGCCGGUCCAAGUUCAGCCAGUGUCAAAGCUGCUUGGAGGCGGUGGCUACUGAAGAUCUGACUCGCCAUGUCCUGGGUACCACUUGUAACCCCCCCACUUCAGGUAAAAGCUUCAGCCACUGCCCUUUGUGUCACAACAACUUCCCACCAGGAGAAGAGGCCUGGAAGGCUCACCUCACGGGGAGCGAGGGUUGCAAACAAAACUUGCGCAGGACAGCGGUGUCCCAGAGAACCCAGCCAGUACAAGGCAAGGCAUUAUCCAGCACAAAGGUCACACAGACUUGGUCGGUGGGCGCCCAAGGGAGAGUCAGGCCUAUGGGGAGAUGCAGUCGAAUUCCAUCCCUUACACCCCCAGCUAGAGGACAUACACUGGGGAAGCGGUGAUCGUCAAACAGGGAGAAACAGACUUCACAUAAACUGGUGUGAAGUGUUUGCCCCCUUCCUGAUUUCUUUUUUGGGGGGGCAUGUUUGUCACACUUGAAUUACUCAAUGACACAACUGAACACAAAAUGCAGUUUUUAAAUUAAACUUCUAUUUUAUGGGAAGGAAAAAACAUCCAAAUCUACAUGGCCCUGUGUGGAAAAAGUGAUGACAAAGUCAAGUAGACAAAAAAAAAAGAUCCCCAAAACCUCGACAUCUUGUCAGCAUCUAGAGAAAUAAAGUAUUUUAGAUCUGUCAGUCUGGAAAAGCUCAAACUUCCUAAAGUUUUGGGACUCCUGCCAACCAUAGACAACAUAGAACAGUGGUGAACCUUCCAGCCAACCAACCUGUUUGUGACUUCAACUGCAACAAACUUAGGUUCUGCAGCAGACAAUGAUCCAAAACACCCCAGUAAGUCCACCUCUGAGUAGCUGAAGAAAAAGACUCUGGAGCGGAUUAGUCAAAGUCCUGACCUGAAUCGUAGUGAGAUGCUAUGGCUUGACCUUAAAAGGGGUGGACCUUGCCCGAAAACCCUUCAAUGUGGCUGAAUUACAACAAUUCAGCAAAGGCAAGUGGGCCAAAAUGUUACAAUUGUGUUGUCAUUGAUUGCUGAUAUUCACGUACAUUUGUUUGAUCUGAAACAGGGCUGCAUGGCGGCCAAGUGGUUAGUGCGCAGGCCACACAGCUAGGAGACCCGAGUUCGAUUUCAUCCUCGGCCAUCUCGGUGUCGAGUUUGCAUGUUCUCCCCGUGCAUGUGUGGGUUUUCUCCGGGUACUCUGGUUUCCUCCCACAUUCCAAAAACAUGCUAGGUUAAUUGGCCACUCCAAAUUGUCCAUAGGUAUGAAUGUGAGUGUGAAUGGUUGUUUGUCUAUAUGUGCCCUGUGAUUGGCUGGCCACCAGUCUAGGGUGUACCCUGCCACCGAAGAUAGCUGGGAUAGGCUCCAGCACCUCCCGCGACCAUCGUGAGGACAAGCGGUAGAAAGUGAAUAAAUGAAUGAAUGUUUAUGUUAAACAUCAUGUAACAGGAUUCUCACAUUUUUUGUGGGAUGUGGCCCAGUUCAGACAUAUGGAUGCCCUCAACUCUAAAUCAGGUUUCGAUGUACUGAUGUACUUGUUCCUGAUCAUAUCCAUCCUGGUCACUCCCAAUGACAAAUGGAAAAAGUAGGCAGUUCACAAAAAAAAAAUGCGGUAAGCGGUAGAAAAUGAAUGAAUGAAUGAAAGACUUUAGAGUGACAAACAUGUCAAAAUAUAAGAAAUUCAGGAAGGACCAAACACUUUUUCACACCACUGUAUUCCUGAUGGGGGAACUUGACAGUAACAAUGGCGUUGGAACAAUCAACCUACACCACACAUCUUAUGGCCCUAUUUGUAUGUGUGUUUGCAGGGUAUCAAUAAUGUUGGUUUGAUUUUAGCUGCAGCUUUAAAUAUGAAACUGCUGUUAGUGACCAUGCGGAAUCUUAGCGUUAGUCGGUAAAGCUUUGUUUGUAUAGCACACAGUAACAAAGUGCUUCACAGUCCAAGAUUUACGCAAGUAAAAGAGCAGGGUUAUCCAAAGUGCACUCCAGGAGCCAUCUGCAGCCCACAGCUUGCUUUUUACCGGCCUGCUGCACAUUGUAAAAAUAAAAUUUAAUUUGAAAAACAGGGUAAAAUGGGGAAAAGGCUUUGUCAAUUAAUAAUGUUAAUAAUAAUGCUAAUAAUGCUAAUGCUAAUAAUGCUAAUAAUGCUAAUAAUACUAAUAAUACUAAUAAUACUAAUGCUAAUGCUAAUAAUGCUAAUAAUAAUGCUAAUAAUAGUGCUAAUAAUGCUAAUAAUAAUAAUAAUAUUGCUAAUAAUAAUAUUGCUAAUAAUAAUAAUAAUGUUAAUCAUGCUAAUGCUAAUCAUGCUAAUGCUAAUAAUGCUGAUGCUAAUCAUGCUAAUGCUAAUCAUGCUAAUGCUAAUCAUGCUAAUGCUAAUCAUGCUAAUAAUGCUAAUGCUAAUAAUAAUGCUAAUCAUAAUAAUGCUAAAAAUGCUAAUAAUGCUAAUGCUAAUAAUAAUAAUAAUAAUAAUAAUAAUAAUGGCCCUUGGUGGAAAAACAUUGGACACCCUUGCUGAAGAGAAUGAAACCAGAACUACAGACCUGCUGGUAGGUCGGUACAGGGAAUAGAGUUCAAGUUACUACUACCAAUUCCUCUUACUACUGAGUGUGUGACAUAUGGCAAACAGGACAAUCCGUGUGUAUUAUGCAUUUGCAGUGUCCUGACGUACACCGAGAUCAUCCCCAGAUAACGUCACCGGGUGGUUAUUUUGUUUGUUGUGACAAGCCCCCGUCUGCCCCCCCCCCCCCCCCCCCCCCUCAAGAAACAGAUGCUAUUAUACAGCUGUUGAUAUUUGCCUUGUGGGUGUAGACAAGAGAAUGACUUGAGCUAGUCAGUCACUUUUGUGUAUAGUUUUAGGAAGUUAGGUGUGCAUAUAAAAUGUAAUCAGUACCGAUCAAACAUUUAGAUCUUCUCUUUGACGUGUGUACAGACUUCUUUAACAUGCUUUCAACAAAGCAUGUAGCUGCAUUUUCUUAAAUAAAAGUAACGACUGGGUAUACGGAGACGUGGCAUAAUAAAGGCUAUAUAUGGCGGUGAUGUAUUCCCAACCAGCAUUUAUUUAUUUAUGAAUCAUAGUCAUGUGACAAAAUACUUUUUAAGCUUCUCAGUCAGUCUCUUGUCCAUAUAGUUUGAUUUAAUUGUGUUAUUAUUUUAAUAUUAGGUGUGUAUAUACAAUGCCCAAAGUGCCAGUCAAGGUGAGUUUUGAAUAAAAGCAAGAACUGUAUGAUAUGUCAUGGCUUUAUAUACUGUAAAGUUUGUUUUUAGGUGGUGAUGUUUUCCCAUUCUGCUUUUCGAUCAUCCCGAAUCAAACAGAAGCCACUUUUUUUUAGAUAAAUAUAGUCCUUCAGGUUUUAUUUAUACUAUGGUACAAAACAACGUUUCAUACAUUUUGGGUUUUUUUUGCUGAAAAAUACACAACGGAACAAAAUGUUGCAACAUAUUAUGGAUACUUUGGCUGUCACAUGUGUACACUGAGGCUCAGAUACGAAAAACCGCUGAGUUUUAAACACUGAAGACCUGUAUGGUCGUGGUUUUCCAAAAAGGAAAACUCUUUAUCUCUAAACUGGAUAACUUCAAUGUCAAAGUGGCUGCAUAUUUAAUCAUAACUA